AUGGGCAACUUUUUGCUAUGGACGAUGUGGUUUAUCAUUGGGGGUUUUGGUUACGUGAACGGUGUUGUCCAUCUGGAUUCUGAAUGUGUACGAGCUCAAAAUUCAACUAUAGAUACCAUCUACAAAGCAAACCUCAGAACCGUUUUGGAUUUUGUAGCAAAAAACGCGCCUCUCCAAGGUGGUUUCUCGAAUGCUAGUGUUGGGAAUGGUACGAAUCGAGUUCAUGGCCUUGGAUGGUGUCGAGCUGAUGUUUCUCCUACCGCUUGUUUUGACUGUUUGAACAAGUCCAUUAGUAUCCCCUUACGAGAAUGUCCUGAAAGCAAAUGGUUUGCGACUUCGUCUAGUUUGUGUAGUCUAAGGUUCUCAAAUGAGAGUUUCUUUGGUGAAGUUUGGAGUCACUCGUCAUCCUCAAGCUAUGGUAGCAAAGGACUCGAUGAUCCUUUGGUGUUUUCAAGAGGGUUUGUGAUGAUGGAAAUGUUAGGAAAUAGUGUGCCUAAUCAACCUAUGAUGUUUCAGACAAGUGUUACUGACGUUGAAAAAAAUAGGGAGAGGUAUGGGUUGGGUCAGUGUAGUCCAGAUGUGAGCAGGUCAGAUUGUAGAAAGUGCUUAGAAGAGCUUCUUGUGACUUAUAAACCAUAUGUGAUGAAUCAAACAAAAUGGGAAAUGUUAGGAGUGAGUUGCGGUAUGUGGUAUGAUGAUGUUCGAUUUUAUGGCAACAGUUCAAGCUUGACUCCAGCUCCAAACGCUUCAGGUGGAGAAGGAUUGAACCAAAGACAUGUUAUAUUCACUUUUGUGGCAUUUCUUGUGUUGCAAUGGAUUGCAUGAAGAUCAAGGCUUUAAAUAUGUAAAUUAAAUGGGAUUGUUUAUGUUUUGGUUUGUUU